AUGACUUCUCUAACCGGGGCACCAUUAGCCAAAAUCGUGGCAGUGACAUCUGAGAAUCAAGAAUUGAAGUCCAAAUUGACAGAAUCAAGGACCCAAUGUGAGAAUCUCGAGCAAGAAUUGAGAUUUCAAACGGCAAAGGCUCUAGAGUUCCAAGAGAUGCUCGCACUCAAGAGUGACGGGGACGUGGAUGCACUUUUGGCCAAGUUUAUGGAACAUUCUUUGACGUUGGCGGAACAGACUCUGGAGAUUGAUCAGCUGAAGUUGAAACUACGUGAAUCCGAAAAGGAAAAGAUCGCGAGAGACCAAGAACGCGAGGCGCACAUUGAAAUGAUGGCGUCGCUCAAUAGAUAUAUUCGACAACAAGGAAUUGCACUUCAACGCCUUGAAAAUCCGUCCUCGCUGACACCAAAAGAUUACGAAUAUGACGAGAUUGAUUCAGAAUUUGAUCAACUUUGUAAUAUUCAUGACCACUUGAAGGACGUCAAGCUUGUCAUUGAAAGGAAAGAGGCCCCAGUCGUGAUAGAGGACAGUCAAAAAGUUAAAAAGUUAAAUAAAGAUCUGAAGCAAGUACUGGCUGAGAGGGCUCACCUGAAAAGGAAGGUCGAAGCACAGAAUGCUGCCAUCUCCAUUCUUCAAGAGCGAAGUAAGACACGAGAAACAAGUAACUUAGCCUUGGUGAAAGACUUGAAAGAAAAGUACGAAAGCGAAAAACGUGGGUUACAGGAUACGCUACGCUCGCUGGAAGCGCAAAUCCAAACCCUCCGACAAAACGAAGAGCAAUCAGAAUCGGAGCCAAGCUGUCUUCAUGGCGAGCUCAUCGAAAUUGAAUCCCAAAAGUACGAGGAGAACUACGAGAUUUACGAGCCCCUCCUAUUCCUUACUGAUACAAAGGCAGACUGUGACGUGUUUGAAGAUGAUGCAUCCGAAAUCACAGCCAGCACGUUCCUCAAUUCAGAGUCCGAACAGUCCACCCCAGCAUCCAUGUCAUCUCUGCACCAGAGGAAGCAUGUGUCGCUAGAUGACUACAUGGAUUUUGGAACCAAAUUUGAGGCGAUUGCAGACUUUUCGAUGCAACGUUUCGAAAUAUAA